CCUUGAGAGCACUUCCGGGAAAAUGGACGAAAAAGUUUUCCUCGAAAUUUUAUAAAACGAAAAUAACUAUAUUUAAACCCACGUAAGAUUUCACAGGAGUGGUUCACUCUCAGAACAUUUAACAAACUUACGAAAAUGAAUAUACAGGUGCCUAGGAAGCGUCUGGCGAGAAUUCGUUGCUUACAAGACUGUAUUCGUUGCUUUAAAGAAGGACGGAAACUUCCCGAGUGCGUGUGUUAUGUUCCCUCGGAAGUCAAGUAUCAGUGCAAUGCAAGAUGUUUUAUCCAGGUGUACAGUGAACCAUCUAUCAACAGUAAAAGGAUCAGAGAUUUGACUGGAAAUGCAGAGUCGACUUUGUCAGCCAGUGGUGAGGAAAUGUGCAAUGCCGGCGGAAAGUGGUUGAAAAUUAUCAAGUUUAAGGCCAGUGAAAAGGAGGAGGAGAUACUUUUUGAUACUGAUGCUUGGAUAAUGCUGUUUAGCUGUAAAACACCUACUGAGGACCUGCUCAAUCUUACUGAACUGGCAAACAGACCAUUAUCUACGUCAAAUAGCACAAUUGUUAUUACCAAAUGGCCAGAUGUAGUAGUUCACCAUUUUUCCUUAGAUUUACGGAAGAAAAGUGUUCACGUUGUGUUACCAGAUGUUGAAGCAAUGACUAGGUUACAAAAUUUACCAAAAAACUGGACUAUAGACCAUGACGAGGCUCUAGUCAGGCUUAUGUCUAAAUAUUUAUCUCCUGAAAAUGAACAGUUAGGAAGUAUAAAAAAUUAUGUGGAUUCUAUAGACGUGUCCACAUACACUGAUGAAUACGGUCCAUCUUGCCUAACAGACGGGGACCCUAACACCUGGUGGGAGAGUGACGGUAGUCAGGGACAACACUGGAUACAGCUUAGAAUGAAAAAGGGAACAAUUAUUAAGAAGUUACAGAUUGGAUUAGAUAGCUCAGAUGAUAAUUACCUCCCCUCAAAGAUUGCAGUGCAAGGUGGUGAUGCUGAUAGCCAGAAAACUCUCAAUACAAUGUCCAUUGACUGGGAUACCACAGAGGCUGGUCCUCUUACAGUAUUAGAAAACAUGACGGAACAUUAUCCAAUUAUCACCAUCAAAAUAAAGGAUUGCAAAUCAGGUGGUAUAGACACAAGAAUUCGUGAUUUGAAAAUAGUAUCGACAGAAGAAAGAACUCUAGGAUUCGAUAGAGAUUUUUUCAAGGGAGAAAAUUUGUGUAGAUUUCCCAUCCUGGAAACAUACAAAGCAGAGGAGUUAUACUAUCGUUCACAGAUGUUACAAAGGUUUUUAGAGAUAGUUGAUAGUGUUUUACAGUACUUAGUUCCUGCCUGGGAAUAUUCUAUAGGAUCAUAUAGCUCAUUAGAAUUUGUUAGACAGUUAUUGCCAUUAUCCAAGAAGAGAUUAGCCCUUAUAGACACAUUUCUAAAAGAAUCUUCCUCAGAUAGACCAAGUGAUAUGCCCAAGUUGUACAUUAAUCGCCGUGCAGCAAUGGAACAUAAAUGUGACCCUACCUCUGACCCUGAAUACAAGAACUCCAUAUUUACACAGAUAUAUGAUGGACUCAAGCCAAAAGAUCGGACAUCUAUCCCUCUUAAUUAUAGAUGGUCAUUUCGUUAUGACCAGUGGUGGGAGUGUAAGUUUCUGUCGGAAGGUGUGAUUGAUCAGGGUGGUGGAUUCAGGGACAGUUUGUCUGACCUUGCAGAGGAGCUAUGUCCAUCAUCUAGUGACGGGCUAGUGCCUACACCUUUCUUUAUAAGGUCACCAAACCAGUUUUGUGAAGAUUCAAAUAUCAACCGUGAUGUAUAUGUGCCAAAUCCCAGCUGUAGAGAAUUUCCAAAAUAUGAGUGGAUAGGACAGAUAAUGGGGGCAUGCUUGCGAGGAAAAGAAAAUCUCGUCAUUUCACUGCCAUCUUUUGUGUGGAAGAAAUUAGUAGGAGAAAGAGUUUCCUGGGUGAAGGAUUACUCCACAGUCGAUGCUGCUACGGUUAAAGUGAUAGACAGUCUAGAAACAAUGGAAUCAACUGUAGAAUUUAUGAGUUUAAAUCGUCAGUGGACAUGUACUUUAAGUGACGGAAAUCUUGUGUAUAUACGUGUUGAUGGGGAAGGAAAUGGUGUGCCACUGAAAUUUGAUGAUCGGGAAAAGUAUUGUCAGGAAGUGAGGAAGGCUAGAAUGUCUGAAUCUGAGGAUCAGAUCAAUGCAAUAAGAACAGGUUUACUGAAGGUGGUGCCACAGGCUGUGCUUGAUUUACUCACAUGGCAAGAACUGGAACAAAGAAUCAGUGGAGAUCCAGACAUAUCAUUAGAAGCCCUACGCAGAGCAACACACUAUGAUGAUGUGGAGGAGAAGGACACAAGGGUGAAGUACAUGUGGGAAGCUUUGAAAAACUUCUCAAAUGAAGAUAGAAGUAGAUUUCUAAGGUUUAUUACGGGUAGACGGAGACUGCCAGCCUCUAUUUAUAUCUCAACAGGAAGGGGGGAUGCUGUUGAUUGUCUUCCAGAGUCCUCCACUUGUGCUAAUAUGUUGUAUUUACCAAAUUAUACUAGUGCCAAGAUUGCUGAAGAGAAGCUGAGAUAUGCCACAUAUAAUUGUAUGGACAUUGACACAGACAUGAAUCUCUGGGAGGACUGAAACAGGAAAUGGGUAAAACAGGAAGCAGCAUCAUUACUGAAGAAUCAAACAGGAAGUGAUGUCAUUAUUGAUGAUGUAGACAGGAAGUGAUGUAAUAACAGAAGAUGUCACUAGGAUGUCCAGUUUUGUCAGUUCUGGACAGCAUAUAAUACUUCGGGAUCAUAGCAAAACUUGACCAUGGUUCUAUAGUUCUCUAGGUUUUAGAAAUUGCGCUGUUAGUGUAAUCAGAAGUUAUACAUGUAUAAUGCAACAACAAAUAACAUUGAAAUAACAAACUGCUUGUGAUUCAAAAUUAGUCAAAAGCUUUAAUAAAUGAAGGCCUAAAUCAGUUUAUAUUUUACUAACAUUUUGCAGCAAUUACUGUACAAUUUUGAACUGUUUUCUUACCUUUUCAUAUUACCACAUUCCAGUUUGAUUUUCCUCCAUUUAGCAUCAAGCAUUUUUUGAAAACAGUUGUAACAUGUUUGAAGAAUAUUAAGUAUCGAUAAAGAUAUAGUUAAAAUCAAGAAAUAGGCUGAAUGCAGAUUUCAAAGUUCAAUCUAUUUUCAAAAAUCAUUUGUUAAGAAUGAAAUUUAUAGCUGGCUUACGGAAGGUUGGUGGUCCUACCCAGGUGCCCGCUCGUAAUGAAAUAAUGCACGGAGGGGCACCUGGGGUCUUCCUCCACCAUUUAAAGCUGGAAAGUCGCCAUAUGACCUAUCAUGUGUCGGUGCGAAAUCCAACAACAACAAAAAAAAAAUUUAACAGUCCAUUAAGAAAAUAAAAUUUGUGUGUCUUCUAUAGCCUGCUAUAAGUACAAAAAGCGUAGAUUGAAAUUUCUGCUUAAACAAUGUGUUACAAAGUAAUAUGUUGAGAAAAACAUGCAUUGUUACAUAUUGGUACAUAAAACCAUUUCUAUUAAUAUAUAGUCAAAAUGGAUGUUUGAAACCGUAUUAUAUCCAGUUCUUUUUAAGGUUAAAUAAUAUUUUCAGUGUUAUGGACUUAUUUUUUUGUCAGAUUGACAUAUUGUCAGAACAUUUUUCUACUAUGUCAGAUUGACAUAUUGUCAGGCUGUUUGUUCUCCAUGUCAUACAUUGUCAGGCAGUUUGUCUUUCAUGUCAGAUUGACUUAUUUGUCAGGUCAUUUGACCUCUUCGGCAGAAUUACUUAUUUUUCAGGUCCUCCUUAACAGAUUGACGUAUGUGUCAUGUCAUGAAAUUUUGUCUUUGGCCCUCUUGAAAGACUGACAUAUUGUCAAAUUGUUUAUCCUCCAUGCUAAGUUGACAUAUUGUCUUGUCAUUUGUCCUCCAUGUGUGAGUCAUGUGAGGUAGUAAGUUAUAGUUAGAGGAUAGUGCAACAGACAGAAGACCCUCCAGUUCCAGAAGCUUCCCUGGUUCUUUAGUAUGCCAUGUGUUAACCACUCAUAAAUAAGACUCUUAUCCAAGUAUUAGUAAUUUUUGUUGGAGAACUUGUGACCCCUGGUUUCACAGAAUGUUACUACUGCCCCACUGAGCUCGCUGUUUUGUUAACUGACCACCAUGUAUAACUGAAUUAUUGCUAAAAAAACAAUGUCAACAAAACAGAAAUGUUGUGUAAUCUUUUUAAAAAGAGAAUCCAAAUAUUAAGUUGCAGUUUGCGGUUUCAGCAGUAUUUAGUCCCUUUUUUGAUGUGUUUGAGGGAAUUUCAGUGUUAAGAAUGUAAACUAGAAGUGACUUACUAUGCCCUAAUUAACAGUAUUGUUUGUUACUGUAUAUUUGUUAAUAGAUAACAAGAUUGUAGGUUCAUGUUUUUAAAAAUCUGUGAUAUAUGUAAAUAAUUUUUGCUUGAGACAAAAUAUGUGCUGUUUGUUUCUUUAAAUACUUAAUAUUUGUAAGUGGAUAGAAUUUUUGUAAGUUUUGUUCAGUAUCGGUGCAGAAGUCCCUUUCUGUGUUUAUAGGGGAUUCAGUUUUAGACACUAACGUGAAUUUGUAAAAGUGAUGCAAACUUACAGUGCUGUUCUUUGCAGUAAAUUAGUUAGUGUUCUGGGACAAUCUGUGUAUGAAAAGAAUUGGAACUACUGCCUUACCCUUGCAUGAUUGUAAGAGGCGACUAAUAGGGUCUUAACGCUUGGUUUUGCAGUAACUGUGAUUCCAGCAGGUAUGCAGAUUUUGAUUCCAUACUUCAUGUUUUUAUUUCGAUGUAAAUGAGAUGUGGAACCAAAAUUUGUAGUCCUGUUUGGCGCCAUAUAACCUAUACUGUGUUGGUGGGCCGUAAAACCCAAAUAAAUAAAUAGUUAGUGACAGUGUAUUUUACAUUAUUACUCAACUGCUAGAAACAUUUCUUAUUUAACUUUAUUGAUUUGAUUAGAUUCUUUAUCCUGUGAAGAAGUCAGACCGGUUGGCAUUAUAGGAGCUUUUUGUUAUUUUAAGUUCUGAGAUCUUUAGCUUAAAACGCAGGGGAGCAGAUUUUAUUUUUUAUGAUUUUACUAACUACGUUUCAUCUGAAUGCAUUGCCUGUGCAGUCUGAUCGCAAAGGCAGAAUCAGUUGUGUCCAGCAUAAUAAGGGUUAAUCUGUUGACCAUUUGUUGUCUGCUUUUACUAUACAAAAAAUGAUAUUGCUUUUCAGUCCACCACCAAUAUUGUUGGUUGUACUUUGUUGAUAUCAUAUUUGAUUACUGUGCAACAUUGAUCCCUCAAGUUUACCAGUAGAUGAGCAAUAUUUUAUGAAGUAUGCUCCUUUUUUACUUAGAAUUUCAUGUUAUGGCUUUGAUGUUCUUUUUCUGUAUCUCAGUUAUUGCCAAAUGUAUUUUAUUCAAACUUGAAAUAGUUGUUCCACAUUGUCAGCCACAUGAUAUGACACAUGAUGCAUUACUCUUCCAGAAAUAAUCAAUGAAUUAGGUCACUUUUAUACUUAUUAAUGGUUUAUACACUUUAUGCAUAUCCCUGGUAAUUAUGUCUCCUACCACACAUUGGUGUUGGAGACAUAUUCAUUUACUCCUGUCUCUGUGUGUGUGUGUCUUGUCACAAAUCUUGUCCGCACUCUUUAAGUCGAACAUUUUUCAUCCGAUCUUCACCAAACUUGAACAAAAUGUGUUUGCCAAUAAGUCCUUGGCCAACUUCGAUAAUUAGCCAAAUCGGCCUAGGCUUUUCAUAACUAUGACCGUUGAAACUUAUUAGCUCGACUAUUUUAAAAAUAAGUAGAGCUAUCCUACUCAACACUCUGUUAACUAUUUUGGCUGAAUUAUGGCCCUUUUGGGCUUGGAAAUUGGUUCAGUUUUCGUACAAGUCCAUGUUUUGUCAAAAUGAUUUGACAUAUGGCUUUUAAACUUUGAAGACUUGUUUAUCAUCAUGAUUUCCAUCUGUAGGCAAGAGUACAUGACACUGUCGACUAUUUUGGCUGAAUUAUGGCCCUUUUUGGACUUUGAAAUUGGUUCAGUUUUCGUACAAGUCAGGUGUUUUGUCAAAGCUAUUUGACAUGUGGCUUUGAAACUUUGAAGACUUGUUUAUCAUCAUGAUUUCCAUCUGUAGGCAAGAGUACAUGACACUGUCGACUAUUUUGGCUGAAUUAUGGCCCUUUUUGGACUUUGAAAUUGGUUCAGUUUUCGUACAAGUCAGGUGUUUUGUCAAAGCUAUUUGACAUGGCUUUGAAACUUUGAAGACUUGUUUAUCAUUAUGAUUUCCGUCAGUAGGCAAGAGUAUAUAACUCUGUCAACUAUUUCGGCUGAAUUAUGGCCUUUUUUGGACUUGGAAAUCUGUUAAAAUUUUCAUACCAGUCCAUAUUUUGCCUAACCUGUUCGUCAUAUAGCUUUGAAACUUUGACCACUUGUUUACCAUCAUAGUCUACAUAUGUAGGCAAGACUACAUAACUAGGACAAGGACUUUAGCUCAGUUAUGGUCCUUUUUUGACAUAGAAAUAAGUUAAGUUUCUCAUACCAUUCCAUAUUUUGUCUAAACUGUUUGAUAUAUGGCUUUGAAGGUUUGAACACUUGCUUAUCAUUAUGGUCGCACAUUGCCAUAUAGUGCAAGACUUAUCCAAAUCCACAAAUACAGGUACAUUGUUUGUCAUCUAUUUUUUUUCCAUUUGUCAGAAAAUCUGUGGUAAUAUUAUGACCCCAUACUACCAUCAAUUUUUUGAAUAGUCCAGCAGUGCAGACACCUCUUGUUUUUUGAUAAUCAAAGCACUGAAAGUCUGAUAAGGCAGUUGAGGUCUUGGUGCAUGGUUUACUCAUAUACUACUAUUCAGAUGAUUAGGCAGUUGUGGGAGACAUGCGCUUUUCUCAAAAGCAGCUGUAGUUACUAAAUAUAGUUGACUCAGUCAUAAAGCUCCAGCUUCCUCAGUAGUGCCCUAUUUCAUUAUCAGGCAUCAAUGCUAUGUGCUUUGCAAUUGUUGGCCUCAUAAUUUUAUUGUUUCUGAAAAAGCAGUGGUUCAGAAAAAAUACCCAGUCUGACCCCUGAUUAUCCAGCACCAUAAUAGAUCAGAGCGCUGUAUCCUUUGACAGCUCUUGUUCAAAAUGUUUUUUUAGCAUCUUCGGGGUUUUUGCCGAAUAUUUUUGCAGAUUCUUCAAAAGUAUCUUUUACUGGUGUAGGUAUUUCCCAUUUCUUAUGAAGCCGGGAAAUAUUUCAAAAUUAAAAGGUGAUCCCACCUGAAACAAUUUAGAUUUCUCAAAUUAUGUGCUAUAAAAUAGAAUUGUAAAAAAAAUAUUUUAUCAGUAGAGCAUUAUUUUUAGUGGGAUCCAUAUGUCUAGUGGAUAUAUUUUUAGUUUAAAUUGACCAGUCUAGUUAUUUACCAGUAUAGUUAAGGCUCCCAAAAUAUAAAUAAAUUCUGUGUAUUAACCCAUACCAUGCUAAAUUUCUAUAAUAAAUGAACUGGUCCAUCUUUCUGUUUGAACAGUACCAUUGGCUGUUAAAAGAAGUGCUUACCAAAAACAUACCGACUGAAUGGCAAAAAGUGCAGAUCAUGAUCAGACUGCAUGGAUGUGCAAGCUGAUCAUGAUCUACACUGGUUGCAAAGGCAGAAUCAGUCAUGUCCAGCAUGAUAAGGGUUAAAAGUUAUUUAUGUAUAAAGAGUCUUGCUACAAGAUGGUUACUCUUGAUACAAGAUUUUUGUAUCGUUGAAGAACUGAAGAAAUCCCAUCUGUGUUCAAUGUGUUGUGAUAUUUGUUUCUUUACAUAGCAUUAAUUUACAAUGCAUUUUCAUUUCAUAUGUUCAACACAUGCGUUUUAUAUUUGGCUAUUUAACAUACAGUGUAACUUUCACUAAUGGCAUCUUCAAUGAAAAAACACUUCCAUAGAGUUCAGGAUAUAAAUCGCAGCCAGAAAUCAAACCUGGAUCACUAGUGUUGUAGUCCAACUUACUAACCAUCGCACUACUAUCUCUAAGGUUCCUAGCAGUAACUUGUAACUUGCUUUUUGAAAUUUAUUUAGUAUAAUUUUCGUUCUUUCUACCUGGUAUUUAGAGAGUUAUUUGUAGAAAAGCUCUUGACAUAAACAAGUAUUUUAUGUUUUUAUGCUGCUGUGUUAAAAGUUUCAAUUUACUGUGUAGUUAUAGAAAAAGUUCAAUUUUACUACAUCAAGUAUGAAAGAUUUAAGUGACACACAUUUUUGAAAAUAAUACACAGAGCAUAAUAACUGUUAGUAUGUCUGAUAGUUGUCCCAAAUUUAAGUUUAAACUAAAAUUGCAUCUUUAAGGCAUACAAUAUAUACUUGUACAAUAUACUUUCCUAUACUGUCUGAGGUAUUCAGGUUGUUAUUGUUUUAUUGCAUGUAAAUUUCGAGCAUAUUUGUGUUCAUAUUUAAACAUGUUUCCAGUCAUGACCCAGCAAGCAUUCUAUAUUGGGCCAGUAUUGGACUUAUAACAUUUUGUGCAAUGGUCCAGUAUCUGUGUAGCAAAGUUGACAUAAUAUCGGUCUGGUAUUGGUUCUGACAGGUAACAGUUUAGAUGUUUAUAUCUCAUAUUGACUGAAAAUGGGAUCAAUAUUAUAAACAGGUAUCAGUUUGCCAAUAUUGGUCCAAUAUACCUGUGCUAGCUUUGGAAUCAUUUAGAGGCAUUUUUGUACAAUUAUCAGCCUGUUGUAACAAUCAUUUUAAACAAAAUACUGCUGAGGCUUAUAAGAAGGCAUAAUCAUAAAAGUUCCACUUUACAUACAUGUUAAUGUUCAUCUAUUAUUUAUACUUCAUAUACUGUGAAAUAGUGUAAUUUCGAGAGUAUAUAUUUCAUGGUUUUAACCUUGAUUGCAUUUUUAUAGAAUAUGUGCAUUCAUGGAUUUAUUUUCAACAUUUUCGAGAUAAAAAUGAGAUUUUUAUUUUGUCAGUGGGUAUUCAUUUCAUUGAUUAACACAACCAGGUAUACGCUACAACUGUAGUCCCCCACAAGUAGAAAUGAUUUCACAGAAAUGUUUUGUUAUUUGAUAUAUAAGUCUUCUCACUUUUUUUGUGGUUUGGAACUAAAACAUUUUUUUUAAGUGUCUGUUGAUGUAGUACAGAUAAUUUAUUAUUGUUAUAAUUUAUCCUUUUGUUUGUCAUAAUAUUUCCAGUGAAUCCUUAGUUGUGACAUUUGUCAUGUCCAGAAAUAUUGUCGGGAACAUUGGCUUAAAAGCAGGUAAUUUGUUUGAUAAAACUUUUAAGUUUUUCACUUUUGCUAAAAAUCUUUUCAACUGUUUCUUGAAGAGUUAAUUAAAAUCACAUUUUCAAGUGAAGGCAGAGGAAAUCUCCUGAAUUUGUGCCAUAAUUUGUUAUAAACUACCAUGAAAAGUUUACAAAAACUUGAAAUUUUGGCAAAAACAUUUACUAUUGUUGAUAUGUUUUUACUCAUGUAAAUUUUUUUCGCACUGACUAACACAUUUUGUGUAAUAUAGUAAUACAGAAAUGAUAUUUUAAAAAACAUGAAAAAUAAAAAAGCAAUCCUGGGUCUGGUAUAUAAGGUUGAAUGACACAUUAAUAAUUUCCCAAGCAUUUUAACCUUUUGUCUGCUAAAUUUCUAAAAUGGACUGGUCCAUCAUUCAAUUUGGGCAGUACCAUUUAUUGAUUGGGUGUUUACUGAAAACUUACUGAAUGAAUAGCAAACAGUGCAGACCAUGAUCAGCCUGCACGGAUGUGCAGGCAGGCUGAUCUUAGUCUGUGCUGGUCGCAAAGGCAAAGCAGGCUAAAGGUUUUAAGUUAAAAUAGUUAAUUGUUCAUUUGUUGUUGAUAAUUUUGUGCUUUUAUAGCCUGUCAUAUGAAAUGUUUUUCAUUGCCAGCCCAUUCCAUUGCAUUUGAUAUAUUAAUAAGUAAUAAAAUGCUAAACACUA